UAGGAAACUUGCGUUUGCUCGCAAGCAAGGUUAUACGGAAAUGACCAAAACGCCCCUAUUCGUAAUGGCCUCGCACUGUCUUCAUCGGAGACCGCGAGUUUGAAUCACCCUCGACUGAAAAUUUGCUUCCGGAGUUAACUUCACAGGCGUCAGAGAAUAGCUUUUAGAUUCUGUACUGAGAAACUUGAAGAGAGUGUUUGAUGAGAGGGAAUUCAAGAUCGUCACGAUUUGCAGAUAUGGCGUUGUUUAUCGAGUAAACUGAUCUUCCUACGGUUUCAGGCGAGGAUUCGGAACUUCUUUCUCUUAUCGUGAAGAUGGAUUCCUCUCUUUGUGGUGAAGGUCCUGCUAUACUGCAAUUGCACAAAUGGGACCCUUGUUGCUUGCAACUCAACCUAUCAGAAUUUCGUGAAGCCUUCAUUUCUCCAACGAGGGAGCUGUUGUUAUUGAUGUCAUAUCAAUGUGAAGCGUUGCUACUUCCUCUUAUAAGAGGGGACUCUUCAAAUAGUAGCUUCUUACAAUGCUCCCAAGGUGAGAGUUUUCAAACCUCAUGUCCAUUGAAACUACAUGUGGCAACGUCAAAUUUACCUAGCAGGUUAGAUUUGAAGGAUGAUCUCCAAUGCGCUUCUGGAUCAGCAACAGAUUUUGAUCACGGAGUUCCCCUUGAAUUUAAAUUUCCAAAAUCUCAUAGUUACCCUUUUGUUUUUGAUGUAAAGUCCUUGGCUUGGGGUGUAUGUGGGGAUACAUAUAAUCAACACAGGGAUGUGUUCUUUAGAGAAUUUCUAUUUGUGUGUAGCAGCCAAGGCGUAACUGUUCAUGCCUUUUGUCAUUCUGAUCAAAUAAGCGCUUUGGAGGGCAUAGUGGAGGGUGAUUUCCAACAAGGGAGAUGGAUGGAUUGGGGUCCUUCUGAAUCUGGUCCAAGCAUGGAGGAGGUGGUGUCUUCAACUGCAUGUUGUGAAGACACAGUAAUCGGUGGGAAUUUGCCCAAUGGUCAUGGGGUAACUGCAAAAGGAGAAGAUGGAUAUGAUGGGUUGUCAAGAAGUAGUGCUUCAAAAAGGUGGCUACGUUCCUUUUUCACUAAGGCUGAAACUGUUGAAUCUCGUGGUAACAUUUGGACUAAAUUUCCUGGGAAACUAGCAUUUCCUUCCUCUGCAAACGUUGUUUCAUUUAGCAUUUUUGAUUCACCACUUGUAGACUUCCCUUCUCAUGGUGCUUCAUCAAAUAAGGAUGAGUGCUUGCAGGAAGCUGUUCUGGGUACUAAAAAUGAUAUGCCUACAACUUCAACGCUUUCUUCAUCUGGCUUAAAUCGCAAGAACACCGUUUCACCUGAUUUUUUUAGUGUUGGCGGAAACGGCUUAUCCAAAUGCUUCAGAGUGUUCUCUAGUAAUUCACAUCGUGUGAUUGGUUUUAUUUUCAAUUUGGUAGAUUCACUGUCUGUCAAUAUUAGCCAUGAUAGUGAAGGGAGCAGGGGACAAAAGUUACUUAUUCUUAUUGCUAGGUUAGAUAGUUGGGGAAUUCGGUGGGUUUCAUCAGUGAAGCUUGAUGAACAUGUAAGUAACUGCCCUGUGGUUGAUUGGACAGACUUCUGCUUUUCUGAUAAUCUUCUUGUUUGUUUGAAUGCUUCUGGGUUAAUCUUUUUCUAUGAUGCAAUGUCUGGUGACCACAUUGCACAUCUUGAUAUUCUUCAGAGUUGUGGAUUAAGCCCUCAAUCCAAAUUACAGGAGAAGCAGCCUAUAGCUGCUGACAUGGAAAUUGUUCGUAAAAGAACAUUUAGGAGGUUGAUUGUCGCUUCUUAUACUUCUCUCUUAGCUGCAGUUGAUGAAUAUGGCGUAAUAUAUGUCAUAUGUCCUGCUGAUUAUGUGCCAGACAGGUACUAUUCGUGCGAUAAAUUUCUUCCAAAUUUUCAUCGUUUAGGGCCUGAAAUAUUGGUUAGUUGGGAGGUUGCUGGUUCUGAUAUUGGUCACCAAAAGUUACAGUGCAACUUCUCAUGUUCUUCUCGUGUAAACGAUUCAUCUACAGGUAAUGGAAACAGUAAUUUCUUGGAUAAUCCAGGUAGUUUUUUGUCUAAGGAAUUGCAUAAUUGCAAGCAUCAUGGAAAAGAAGAGCAGUGUGAUUUUUGUUUUAGUGGUUUCUCUAGUGCUUCAAAGAUACUGUGUCAAAGGUCUAUUGAUUCUGGGGUGCAAUCUCAUCUAAUGAGAAAAAUUUUCCUUCCCACAAAUGGGCAUGAUGACAAUGAUUGCAUCUUUCUUUCACCCCUGGGGAUUACUCGGCUCAUCAGGAAGCAUGACGUGAGGGAUCAUAACAGGAAACAGAUUGUUCAAUUUGAUCUGCAUACGGUCUCAGGAAUUCGUGAUGAUAGAUGCGUGGAUAUUGGGGGACAAAACCUUUUUCUUCAAGGGAAGGAGGAAUCUCAUGUUGGAGAAGCAGUUGGCUGUACUUUCCAAGGAUGCUUUUAUUUGGUUACUGAAACUGGUCUUUCAGUUGUUCUUCCCUCUGUUUCAGUUUCCUCAAACUUCCUCCCCCUUGAAACCCUUGGAUAUCGUCAGCCAUAUAUUAAUACAUGUAUCCAGCAUCAAGGUAGAAGUGCUAUGGAGAUAUCCCAGUUAAAACAACCCUUGUCACCCUGGAAGGUUGAAGUCUUGGACAGAGUUCUUUUAUACGAAGGCCCUGAAGAGGCAGAUCGCUUAUGCUUGGAAAAUGGUUGGGACCUUAAAAUUUCCCGUAUACGUUGGCUGCAGCUAGCACUCCACUAUUUAGAUUUUGAUGAAGUAGCACGAUCGCUUGAAAUGCUUGUAGAUGUGAAUCUAGCAGAAGAAGGCAUUCUGAGAUUGCUCUUUGCUGCGGUGUUUCUGAUGGUUCAUAAAAAGAGCAAUGAUAUGGAGGUUUCUGCAGCAUCGAGACUUCUCUUGUUGGCCACCUCUUUUGCAACCAAAAUGAUUCGUAAUUAUGGCACACUACAACUUAAGAAAGAUGCAUACAUUUUGCAAGGUUUUGGAGGGUCUCAUUUGCUCUCUCUUCCCCCAGAUUCACCAGAAAAGGAUCAUGAUGACUUGGGGAUUUCAGGGAAACUUCAUGAGAUGGCACGCUUCUUGGAGAUCAUUAGAAAUAUGCAAUGUCAACUUAAUGCGAAAUAUAAAAAGCCUGGCCAAGGAUCGGUGGAUAGUGGUGACUUGUUCAAUUUGGUGGAUACAAAUGUAUCACAAGAUGAAUCUCAGCUUUCAAUUGUUACAUCAGAUUCUAUACAGUUGGAAACAUAUAAUGGACAAGAACUUUCAUUCCCUGUAUCUGCAAUGGGUUCCAACAAUGCUGAGAAGCUUGCUUUGACACCCAAGGAUACCUUGGAUUCUAUUACAGAUGAUUCUGACAAAGUCUCCGCCCUUGUGCUGCAAGCCAAGAUAUUAGGAAAAAACGUUCUUCCCCUGGAAAACCCAAAGGACAUGAUGGCACGAUGGAAACUAGAUAAUUUGGACCUGAAAACGGUGGUCAAUGAUGCACUUCUUUCUGGGCGUCUCCCUCUCGCUGUCCUGCAAUUGCAUCUUCAUCAUUCCAAAGAUUUUACUGCCGACAAAGAGUCUCCUGAUACUUUCACUGAAGUUCGUGACAUUGGAAGAGCAAUUGCUUAUGACUUGUUUUUGAAGGGUGAAACUGGACUAGCUGUUUUGACGUUGCAAAGGCUUGGAGAGGACAUUGAAACGUGCCUCAAGCAACUGUUAUUUGGCACAGUAAGGAGAUCUCUUCGACUACAAGUUGCAGAAGAGAUGAGAAGAUUUGGUUACUUGGGACCUUAUGAGUGGAAGAUGUUGGAUAGGAUAUUGCUUGUUGAGAGGCUGUACCCUAGUGGUAGUUUCUGGAAAACAUUUCUUACCCGGCAGAAAGAAUUGACAACAUUUACAUCAAGUUCACCUGGAGGGGUCAAUUUGUGCUUAUUGCAUCCACAUUUCUUCAACAAUCUCUUGAUUGAGUGCGGUGAGAUUGAUGGAGUUGUCCUAGGUUCAUGGACAAGUUUCAGUGAGGAUUGUUCUGAUCAUCUGGUUGAUGAAGAUGGUGCUCGUGCAGGGUACUGGGCUGCUGCUGCAGUGUGGUCUAGUGCCUGGGAUCAGAAAACCAUUGACCGUAUAGCAUUGGAUCAACCUUUUCUUAUGGGUGUCCACGUCUUAUGGGAAUCAAAAUUGGAGUACUACAUAUGUCAUAAUGACUGGGAGGAGAUUUAUAAACUCCUGGACGUGAUUCCAACAUCUGUUUUAUUGAAUGGAAGUCUUCAAGUUGCUUUGAAUGGUCUGCAGCCCUCUUCAGUUGUUGAAGGUGAUGCUGAUUUUCCAGACAAUGGCAGAUACAUAUGCUCUAUUGACGAAUUAGAUGCUAUGUGCAUGGACAUUCCUGGCAUCAGAAUUUUCAGGUUUUCUGACAUUGCUGCAAGCUCCAUGUGGUUAAGGAGGUUUAUGGAGCAGAAACUUGCAAGGAAUUUAGUUUUUGUGAAGGAAUAUUGGGAAGGAACUGCCGAGAUUGUAUCUCUUCUGGCUCAUUCAGGCUUUAUAACCAGAAGAAAUAAUAUUCCUGCAGAUGAGGAUGUUGCUGAGAGUCCAUCCAGUGUUGGAAGACAUCAUGUGGACACUGUACAAGCUCUUCAUAAAUUGGUUGUGCAUCAUUGCGUGCGACAUAACUUGCCAAACCUUCUGGAUCUUUAUCUUGACAAUCAUACUUUGGUUCUCGAUAAUGCUUUGCUCUGUUCAUUACUGGAAGCUGCAGGAGAGUGUCAGUGGGCAAGAUGGUUGCUUUUAUCUAGGAUCAAGGGGCGUGAAUAUGAUGCGUCAUUCUCUAAUGCUCGGUCAAUAAUGUCUCGUGCUUUAGCACCCGAUAGCAGCCUUAGUGUCCUGGAUGUUGAUGAAAUUAUUUGUAAUGUUGAUGACAUUGCGGAAGGAGGGGGAGAAAUGGCAGCUUUAGCAACUCUGAUGUAUGCCCCUGCUCCUGUUCAAAAUUGUCUAAGCAGUGGUAGUGUAAAGAGGCAUAGUGGCUCCUCUGCGCAAUGCACCUUAGAGAACCUUAGGCCCACCUUACAGCACUUCCCUACAGUGUGGCGAACACUUGUGGCAGCAAGUUUGGGACAGGAUAAAGCUUGCAAUUUUGUGGCCACCAAAACAAACAAUGUUUUAGCAGAUUAUCUAAAUUGGCGUGACAACAUCUUCUUCUCUGCUACACGCGAUACUUCACUCCUACAAAUGCUGCCAUGCUGGUUUCCUAAGGCUGUCCGGAGAUUGAUUCAGCUCUAUGUUCAGGGCCCUCUUGGAUGGCAAUCAGUUUCAUGUCUGCCUACAGGAGAAUCUUUGCUUGAUAGAGACGUUGAUUUUUAUAUCAAUGCUGAAGAACACACUGAAAUCAGUGCAAUCUCUUGGGAGGCUACGAUACAAAAGCAUGUUGAGGAAGAACUCUAUGAUUCUUCAAUUGAGGAAACUGGCAUUGGGCUAGAGCACCACUUGCAUCGUGGACGUGCACUGGCUGCUUUCAAUCAUAUUCUUGGCAUUAGAGUUCAGAAAUUGAAAUCUGAAGGACAAUCCAAGGCUUUAACUUAUGGACAGGCUAAUGUUCAGUCAGAUGUGCAGACACUUCUUGCGCCAAUUGUGCCAAGUGAAGAAUCUCUUAUUUCAUUUGCGAUUCCACUUGCAAUUACACAUUUCGAGGAUUCUGUUAUGGUGGCAUCAUGUGCUUUUCUCUUGGAGCUCUGUGGUUUAUCUGCCAGUAUCCUGCGUGUGGAUAUUGCUGCAUUGAGACGGAUUUCUUUGUAUUACAAAACUACUGAAAACAGUGAGAACUACACUAAACUUUCAAAUGGUUCUGCAUUUCAUGCGGUAUCUCAUGAAGGUGAUGCGCUUGAGUCCUUAGCUCGUGCAUUGGCAGAAGAAUAUCUGCAUCAGCAUAGUGCAAAAAGUGCUAAGGCAAAUCCAAAUUCACCUUUGAGCAGACAACCUUCACGAGCUCUCAUGCUAGUCCUCCAGCAUUUGGAAAAUGCAAGUCUUCCAUUAAUGGUACACGGGAAAACUUGUGGAUCUUGGUUAUCCACUGGUGAUGGUAAUGGAAAUGAAUUAAGAUCUCAACAAAAGGUUGCGAGUCAACACUGGAAUUUGGUCACAGCAUUUUGCCAGAUGCAUCAACUUCCCUUAAGUACUAAAUACCUUGUUGUAUUAGCGAGGGACAAUGACUGGGUUGGAUUCUUGUCUGAAGCUCAAGUAGGAGGAUACACUUUUGACACAGUCGUCCAAGUAGCGUCAAAGGAGUUUGGUGAUCCACGUCUCAAAAUUCACAUUUUGACAGUUUUGAAAACUAUGCAGUCGAGAAAGAAAGCUAGUUCAUCAUCUUACUCAGAUGCUGCAGAAGAAAAUGAAACUUUCUUCUCAGAUGAAAACAUAUAUAUCCAUGCAGAACUUUUUAGGAUAUUAGCAGACUGUGAGAAGCAGAAAAAUCCUGCAGAAGCCCUCCUGAAAAAAGCAAAGGCAUUGUCCUGGUCAGUUUUGGCCAUGAUUGCAUCAUGCUUUCCAGAUGUUUCUCCAUUGUCCUGUCUAACAGUUUGGCUGGAAAUUACUGCUGCAAGGGAAACUUCUUCCAUAAAGGUGAAUGACAUUGCUUCCCAGAUUUCAGAUAAUGUUGGAGCAGCUGUGGAAGCUACAAAUAUCCAGCCAGCAGGCAGUAAGAUUCUUACCUUGCAUUACAACCGGCAGAAUCCAAAACGUAGGAGGCUUAUGGAGCCUAUAUCUGUGGAUGCCUCAUCUGAUGUUUCUAGUGCUUAUACUGGUGCAAAAAUUUCUUCUCGCCAAGGUCUUAUGACGGAAGAAAAGAGUAAACUGGAAAUUGGUGAAAAAAAUAAUGUAUCAAGUGAUUCUGAAGAAGGGCCAGCUUCUCUGUCCAAGAUGGUUGCAGUACUUUGUGAGCAACGCUUGUUUGUGCCUUUGCUUAGGGCAUUUGACAUGUUCCUUCCUUCAUGUUCGUUGUUACCUUUUAUCCGUGCCCUUCAGGCAUUUUCACAAAUGCGUCUCUCUGAAGCUUCAGCACAUCUGGGUUCCUUCUCUUCUAGAGUCAAGGAAGAACCAUUCCAUGUAGUGUCAAAUACAGGCAGGGAAGGAAAGAUCGGAAAGUCAUGGAUGGGCUCCACUGCUGUAAACGCUGCUGAUGCUAUGCUUUCAACUUGUCCAUCUCCUUAUGAAAAAAGAUGCCUAUUACAACUUCUUGCUGCUACUGACUUCGGGGAUGGAGGAUCUGCGGCCACACAUUACCGGCGAUUGUAUUGGAAAAUUAAUUUAGCUGAGCCUUCACUACGGAAAGAUAGUGGCAUCCAUCUAGGGAAUGAAACAUUUGAUGAUGGUUCACUUUUAACAGCAUUAGAAAAGAGUGGGUAUUGGGAGCAAGCACGUAACUGGGCCAGACAGCUGGAGGCGAGUGGUGGACCUUGGAAAUCUGCUAUCCACCAUGUCACUGAAAGCCAGGCUGAAUCUAUGGUAGCUGAGUGGAAAGAAUUUCUUUGGGAUGUCCCAGAAGAGAGAGUUGCUUUAUGGGGCCACUGUCAAAUGCUGUUCAUAAGAUAUUCCUUCCCUGCUUUACAGGCUGGGUUGUUUUUUCUUAGGCAUGCAGAAGCUGUGGAGAAAGAUCUUCCAGCAAGAGAGCUUCAUGAGUUGUUGCUGCUACUUCAGUGGUUAAGUGGGAUGAUAACUCUGUCCAAUCCAGUGUAUCCGUUGCAUCUCCUACGAGAAAUUGAGACUAGAGUAUGGCUCUUGGCUGUUGAGUCAGAAGCUCAAGUGAAAAAUGAAGGGGAAUUCACUUUAAACAGUUCCUGCAGUAGCCCUCUGAUUGGAAAUGCUGCCAAUAUCAUUGACCGAACUGCAACUAUAAUAACAAAAAUGGACAAUCAUAUAAACACAAUGCGGAAUAGAACCUCAGACAAACAGGAUGCUAGGGAAUAUAACCUGGCUUAUCAGAGAAACCAAGUGGCGGAUGCUAGUUCUUCGACUUCAGGGGGAAAUAUGAAGACAAAGCGGAGGGCCAAAGGUUAUGCUUCAUCAAGACGGUCAUUGGUGGACUCAGUCGAUAAAAACAUUGAUACUGAAGAUGGUUCAGCUCCUCCCAAUUAUAAAAAUGAUGUGCAGCUGCUAGAUGAAAAUGUGAAGAUAGAAUUGUCUUUCUCAAAGUGGGAAGAAAGAGUUGGAACUGCAGAGCUGGAAAGAGCUAUUCUUUCUUUGCUAGAGUUUGGACAAAUAACAGCUGCUAGGCAACUACAACAGAAGCUGUCUCCAGCUCAUGUACCUUCUGAAUUUAUGCUUGUGGAUGUGGCUUUAAAGCUUGCAGUUCUCUCAACUCCUUGUAGAGAAGUACCCAUAUUGAUGCUUGAUGAGGAAGUGCGUACUGCUAUUCAGUCGUAUAAUUUACCGAGUGAACAUCUGAUUAACCCACUGCAGGUCUUGGAGUGUUUACCUGAAAUUUUAACUGAAGGGAGUGGACGUGGACUUUGCAGAAGAAUAAUAGCAGUUGUAAAGGCUGCAGAUAUUUUGGGUCUUUCAUUUUCCGAGGCAUUUGAUAAGAAGCCAAUUGAGUUAUUUCAACUUCUUUCUCUCAAGGCACAAGAGUCAUUUCAGGAAGCACGCCUCCUUGCGCAAACUCAUCCCAUGCCAGCUUCAAGUAUUGCUCAGAUUCUUGCAGAAUCUUUUUUGAAGGGGUUAUUGGCUGCUCAUCGUGGGGGAUAUAUGGAUUCUCAGAAGGAGGAAGGACCUGCUCCUCUUUUGUGGAGAUUUUCAGACUUCCUGAAAUGGGCAGAGCUUUGCCCAUCGGAACCAGAAAUUGGCCAUGCUUUGAUGCGUUUGGUUAUUACCGGACAGGAGAUACCACAUGCAUGUGAGGUUGAGCUUCUUAUUCUGUCCCAUCACUUCUAUAAGUCAUCAGCUUGCCUUGAUGGUGUUGAUGUUCUAGUGGCCCUUGCUGCAACCAGGGUGGAGGCUUAUGUUUCUGAGGGUGAUUUCCCAUGUUUGGCCCGCCUGAUCACUGGAGUUGGAAACUUCCAUACUCUGAAUUUCAUUCUUGGCAUCCUCAUAGAAAAUGGUCAGUUAGAUCUGCUUCUUCAGAAGUAUUCAGCAGCUGCAGAUACAAAUACGGGCACUGCCGAGGCUGUCCGAGGAUUUCGAAUGGCUGUUCUCACGUCACUGCAGCAUUUUAAUCCCAAUGAUCUUGAUGCAUUUGCAAUGGUCUAUAAUCACUUUGACAUGAAGCACGAAACAGCUGCUCUUCUAGAGUCGCGAGCAGAACAUUCUUGUCAGCAGUGGUUUGGCCUUUCCAAUAAGGACCAGAAUGAAGACCUGCUUGAGUCUAUGCGCUAUUUCAUUGAAGCGGCUGAAGUUCACUCUUCCAUUGAUGCUGGCAAUAAAACACGCAGAGCCUGUGCUCAGGCUUCCCUAGUUUCCCUUCAAAUUCGAAUGCCAGAUUUCAAGUGGCUCAACCUACCUGAAACUAAAGCCAGGAGAGUACUAGUUGCACAAUCCCGUUUCCUGGAAGCGUUAAUUGUUGCUGAAGCAUAUGGCCUUAACCAACCCACUGAGUGGGUACUGGUGCUUUGGGAACAGAUGCUUAAACCUGAGCAAACAGAACAGUUUGUAGCGGAAUUUGUGGCUGUUCUUCCUCUCCAGGCUUUAAUGCUUGUAGAACUGGCAAGAUUUUAUAGGGCUGAGGUAGCAGCCAGAGGUGACCAAUCCCAAUUCUCUGUCUGGCUGACGGGGGGAGGGCUGCCUGCAGAAUGGGCCAAAUAUCUGGGAAGAUCUUUCAGAUGCUUGUUGAAGAGGACUAGGGAUUUGCGAUUAAGAUUGCAGCUGGCUACAAUAGCAACUGGUUUUACUGAUGUGAUUGAUGCAUGUACAAAAGUGUUAGACAGAGUCCCCGACACCGCUGGGCCGCUUGUGCUGAGGAAAGGUCACGGCGGGGCCUAUCUUCCAUUGAUGUGAACAUCUUGUAUUCGUAUGAAGAUGGCUAAAUCAUGGAAUUGGCGAUCGUUACAAUGAUGGUGAUGAACUGCUAGAUGGCUAUACAGAAUGUUUUUCAGUAAUGGUCGCGCAAUCUAUUAAGAUGGAUCGGCUGCAGGAUAAUUUUCUCUUUGAACUUCAUUGGGCAAGCCAAACAAGCAAAAGUGAUGCGAAUAUAUACAAAUUAGACCAUCUAGUCAUGUUAAUGAGGUCUGAAAAUUAAUUGAUUUUUUUGUUCAUCUUGAAGCAACUUGUGUACCUCCCCUUGUUUCAGCAAACCAAGGCCAAUCUGAUUUGCCUUUUUUUUUGGUGUCAACACUGGCCGCUAAUGUUGUACUUUAGAUUGUAUGAUGUGUAUAUAUAUGAAACUAGAGAGAGAAAAAAAAAAGAUAUACAAGAAACGAAUAAGUAGAGAUGUGUGUACGACAUUGAGUGCUAGAUGAUGCUUUAGAUUUUGAAGGCAAGAACUUGCAUCUAAUAACAUGGAGUCCAGCUCAAAUGGGCGGGGCCAUAAGUCU